UAGAUUCACCCUUCGUGGGCAAUUACAACGUAUGGAAGACAAAGAUAUCAGAUCAGUUCUCCACACUGACUGAUGAAGAGGUGUCCGUGUUAUUUUGUUUUCUGUGUUCUGACUCCGGUCCUCCUGACUUCACUGAUACAGAGUGGCUGGACUUGCUUAAUGAGAUACGACAGGAAGUGUACGGUAAAGAGAAUCCUGUAACAAGUGAGGAAGCACAGCAGACUCUGGACAGACUGAAGUCACGUGAUUAUCUUUGGGAAGAUCAGGACAAGAUAACGGAGGACACAAAGGAUGAGACAAUGUAUAGGAUAGCAUCAAUAAAGUAUUUAAUACCAUUCUAUUACAGUAGUUAUGACACAGCCAGUGUGUACCUGAGAUCAGAGAUGUACAACAGAAAACCUAAAGAGAAGUGUGUCUGUAGUGAUGGUUACAGUGAUUACUUACUGAUACUCCGUCUACAGAUGAACAUACUGACUCACGUCACCAUGGAGGACACGUAUAUAUAUGAUGAGAUAUACCAGAUAUUGAAUGUUUCAAACCAAAUACUAAAGGAGAUUGAAGAUAAAAGAGAAGAAUUUCUAAUGGAUCUAAGAAGAGGAGGGGAGGCUGUACAUUACAGAGGAAGAUCACAGGACAGUGUAGAUCACGUGACGUGGCUCUGGAGAUACAGGAGACCUGCUGACAUUGUGAGAUCCUGUAUAGGUCUCCAUCCACACAAUGACAUUUACAUCAUCGACAACAAAGCUUACAGAAAACCAAGUAAACACCAUAACUAUUCACCAGAAGUCAGAUGUGUACUGUACUGUUUACUGUUAACUGAAAAAUAUCAGCUGAAUCUCAAUGAACAAUCACACAGAAUCACAAGGGACAAAAUCAGAGACAGAUAUUUCCCUGAUAUCACUGAUGAUGGCUUUAUGGAUCCUCCUGCUGGAAUCACAGAAACACAUAACGGUGUGAUGACCUUUAUAUCAGAGGAUUUCCGACAUGACCUUAUGUACUCCUUUGUGACGGAGUGUUUAGUGGAGGACAGUGAUGUGGAGUUUUUCCUGUCCACGGCGUCACAUGAUGUGAUAUCAGAAUACUUCAGGUCCUGGGAUUAUGAGAGGAGUGAGGGAGAGAGAUGUCUUUAUGUACCGAAGUGGCCGGAGAAGAUGUACGACCUCUUCAUAGACAAACUACAGCUGGACAUCAUCACACACUGUACCAUGUCUGACUGGGGGUUUCAUGGCAGGAUCAGUAAACGUUUGGGUGUACCAGAAGAAAUACUAGAUUGGGACCAGGAGGCCAGAGAGCGGUAUGUGGAGUACGCUAAGAGAGGAACACAGACGAUCCACCAUGCCCGGGGGAUGAUCGUAGGAUGUGCUGGGGCGGGGAAAACAACGCUACUUAAACGACUGCUUGGUUGUAGUGAAGAAGAAAUUAAAGAAGUAAAAUCUACUGAAGGAUUGGAGGUGCAUGAGGAAAUAUUUGAUAUAUGUGAUGAUACAAAAUCAGUAAAAGGUAUCUAA